AGCGGCUCCCCGCUGUUGCUGGGAAUUGUGAAAACCUCCGCUGUCGCAAUAAGAUUGAAAUUGAUGUUUCCCAGUCGAUCCCGUUAGUUAAUGGAGAGUUUGUUAAUGAAGUUACACACGGAAUUCUCGCGGAUUUGCGUUUAACAUAUUUUGUGUCGGUUUAUUCUACUAACUGCGGUAGUUUCCCAUGCGAACCUUUUGCCAACUCGCUGCUUGGCCAAUAACAGAUUGAAGGGUCUUAUUAUCCCAACAGUAUCACAGCAAACAGGUUUGUAAGCUGCAGUGCCAUCAAGAAGCUAUCAAUAUGCCCAGUGGAGAUUCUGUAUGUUCCGCUCAGUUUGGCUGAUGACCUGAUCCAUCAUGGAUAGCCCACCAAAACUUACUGGAGAAACUUUGAUCGUACAUCACAUUCCUCUGGUUCAUUGCCAGGUCCCCGACAGACAAUGCUGCAGCAUGGGCAAAAGACCAAACCCUUUCUACCAUAAUGAUCUGGGAAUCACAAGGACUACAUCACUGCCGGAGAGGGACCUGUUUCAGAAGGAAACAUUAUUGUACAGCAGCUUAAUUCAGGCCUCUUGCUUACCUCCUGGGACAGCACAUGAAAUGGAAGGCAGGCGACUAAAUUCAAAAGAAAUCACCACAACUGAACAGCACAAUUCGUUAAUUUUGAAUGAGAACAAUGAUCAGGAGAGCUCUAACAAUUCAUCUUUUCAUCCACAGAAUAGUAACAUUAGUAACCCACCAUUUGUCCUGCAUGAACAGCCAUUUCAUCUUCAUACUGCAGAAAACAGCACACAACAGUGGAGCCCCCCCAGCAGGCAAGACAUUGUAGAAGAUCAUGAGGAACAAACUCAUGCAUGUGAUGGCAAAAAGUCAACUAGCACCACUGCAUCAAGAUCAGCAUCAGCUGAGUUACUGCAACCACCUAUAUGCAACUGUGCUAAUGAAAGCACAUCUACCUUAUUCUUUGAUUGCAAUCAAGGAUUGGGCAGCAGCCCAGAUGAAAUGUUCAGGAAGCAAGAUAUACUAGAGAGCAGAACAUGUAGCUGCUCCAGCUUAGAUAUGCAACAAAGCAGAAGUUGUGUCUUUUCAGAUCAAUCUGACGUAGAUAAUCAGCAUAUGGCCUACAAUAGUGAUUCGUCGUGUAACAGUUCAGAUGGUGUGUUAGUCAACUUUACAGCCAUCUACAAUAAAAUGAAAAGCCAGUCAAAGUCCAAUUUAAGUUCAGGUAACAUAUCCCAUGAUUCUUCGUAUUGCAGUCACUCAGAGAUGGGUGCAUUCUACUUGGACUUACAUUCUUCACCUAGUGAUCGGAAGAAUUCAUGUGAGUCACACAAUAGCGAUCCUGCCCUGAAAACCUGUCUGUGCCAGCAGUGUUCUCCUGCUGUAGACAACAACUGCAAUUCUUACCAUCUUCCGUGUGAAAAUGUCUCCGGUUCUUCUGAAAAUUCAGAUUUUACUGCAUGUUUUCAAAGUCAAGCAAGAAUAGUUGUUGCCACACAAAACUAUUACAAACUUGUGACUUGCGACCUGUCUUCUCAGUCUACACCAAGCCCAGUAGAGUCAUCGAUAACAAGCUGCUCAGAGGAUCAUACAAAAAGUACAAGCCCCAGUCAACCUACAGAGUAUUACCUCUUUCGGCAGCCCGAAGAUAGAGAGAAUAAUGUCGAUCAUUGCAGUUCUAAGAAACCAGAUGCAGAAACUACCAAAAAUAAAAUUGAAGGUCAAGUGUACAUGAACGUUGCUUCAAAUACAUCUGGCAGGCAAAGAUCAAGGAGCUAUGAUCGCAGCUUGGAUAAAAGUCCAACUCCCAGAUUGGGAUCCUUGGAACGCAUGUAUAGCUGCCCAGGCAAGCUAAGUGAUGGUCAGACAGCAACAUCCCAGAGUUCACCACCUAGACGAGUGACUUCAUUUGCUGAAAUUGCUCGAACUAGGAAAAGAAGUGGGAACUCUCCACCACUGAAAACUAGUGGAGAUUCGACAGAGUUUUCUCCAAUACUCGAAAAUCAGAAAGAAAAUAAUGUCUUUACUUAUUCAGAAGAGGACCACUAUCAUGCUAUGCCUGGCAGGACGACUACAAGGAUGGAUUUAACAACAUCAUGUGAGGCACCCUUUAUUCAUAAUUUCAACAAAAACAGUAAUUCAAGUGGGCAUGAGAGAGCUCACCUGGAAGGUUGUGAACCAUGUUGUAACGGAGAAGAUGCCAGGAAACCAGAGCUAAUUAAUAAACAACAAAUUGAGAGGGAUGCAUGUCCUGACAUCAGAAUGAAAGUGGGAGGUGAUGGAACAGAAUUCAAUGCAGUUAUCCGUUAUAGUAAGGAACAGCGCCCUACAACAUUACCCAUUCAACCUUUCAUUCUGCAUCAUCCAUUGAGCAAACAGUUUCCCAGAGUUCGACCAGUGCAAAACCACAGUAAAUCUUCAGUGUCGUAUAUGUACAGUAUUCCAAAUAGUCAGCUGACAACAAAUGAACAUUCAAGUGGUUCAUCUAGUUCUUCGAGUGGCAUGUUGUCAUUGGAAAAUGUAUCAACAAUAGAUCAGUCACAGAAUGGAUUUAGCACAGACGAGAGUGAGAAACCAGGUAGCUCUUUUCCCGUAAAUGAAUACUGCCUACGGAGACCCAUGCCAGAUGCAAUUAGGCCCUCGCCAUUGGGAAGUUACUCGCCAAUAAAAAGCGAUGCACCCAUCUUGCAGAGUAGAGACUCAUCAUCUUCUGGAAUGUCAUCAGACAGAAGUUUUGGUGGCCACCCGCCAAGAAGUAGAUCCUGUCCUUUAUCUGCAAAUCUCCUUCCAAUGCAAUCGCCUCCAGCAAAGGUUAUUUCACCGAACAGAAAACACCUUCCACAGAUCAGAGAUGAAAGGAAGAGUCCAAAGGAGGCCCCGAAGAAAGAGGAAAGAUGCUUUCAACCUGCACAGAAUUUUACUUUUUCUUCCCAAAAAGUAGUGUUACCAACAUCAACUACCGUACCAGUAAAUGAUGUCAAGAAUCAUAUGAACAAUCAAUGGGAUAACAAAAGCAGAAGUGGAAAAGCAACACUACUUCAUCAUAUGGCAUCGGGUUUCAUGGCUGCUAAUCACCUCACACCUCUGGCUUUGAAAUGGAGGGAAUAUCGCCGAAGAAAUCCACUUGAUCCUGACCGUGUUAAAAGAUUUGGUUGCAAUCUGGAGCCUAAACAAUCAGGUCCUGGGAUAACCAAGAAGAAAGCCUAUCUGGAAUUUUCUAGUGGUGUUAACCAUGUUCGUUCAAGGCUACAUGGCCAAUCUGUGAAGCAACUUCAGAACUAUUACAGUGAUUUCUUUCCUGAUUAUUUUUCACUGGCUGAAAAACCCCCUGCAGAGUUCUGUUUGUCACCUGAUGGAACCAGUGAAAGUAUCUCCAUUGAUUUACUACAGAAGAAAGGUCUUGUUAAAGCUGUGAAUACUGCUGUUGAUCUGAUUGUAGCACACUUUGGGACAAGCAGAGAUCCUGGCGUAAAGGCGAAACUUGGCAACAGUAAUGUCAGUCCCAACAUAGGCCACCUGGUACUUAAGUAUCUUUGUCCAGCAAUGAAAGAUAUUUUACACGAUGGAUUGAAGGCAUAUAUUCUGAAUGUGAUUGUAGGACAAAGGAAAAACCUGCCAUGGACUGUGAUUGAGGCUUCCACUCAGCUUGGUCCUUCAACCAAGGCACUCAACAAUCUUUUUUUCAAGAUAAGCCAAUACUCUGAGUUAAUGAGUCACAGCACAAGGUUUAAUGCAUUUAUAUUUGGCCUUCUAAAUAUCAGAUCCUUGGAGUUUUGGUUUAAUCAUUUAUAUAACCAUGAAGAUAUUAUUGGAAUUCACUAUCUGUCCACUAGUUUCCUAGCACUGUCACACAGUGUUUGCCAAACAUUGUUUGAGGAACUCCUGCUUUUGCUGCAGCCUCUUUCAUUACUCCCCUUUGAACUAGAUUUGAUGUUUGAGCACCAUAUUAUUCAAAUGAACAAAGAGCAGCAAAAGAAAAAGGAGCAGCUCAAAGUCAAGCAGGACCUCUUGCAGUCUGUGCACUCCACCUUCCAAAUGAUGAGAACCAAUGGCAGCAGUAACAUUUUGGGAUCUCAGCAGUGCAGGGAGGAAACGAAACAAAGAGCCACACAACGUGUGGUUACACCGAAUGGUGCAACAGCAAAAGAUACAAUAUUCCUCGAUAAAACAGAUAAAGAUGUGGAGAGUGUAGAAAGGAUGCAACAGGAGAAAGUAAUGGACAUGAGAAAGGACAAGCAAGCAGGAUGGUGGUACCAACUCAUGCAGAGUUCACAAGUGUACAUUGAAGGGUCUUCUGAAGAAUCAAAGUUUGCAAAAUGGGAGAAGAGAAAUAAGCAAAGUACUCCUACUUUGCCUCUAAAGUUAGAUGUAGGUGUGGAGAAAGGAUCACUUCGAGAUGAUGUCGUGGAGGGAGCAGAGAGUGGGGAUAUAUCUGAAUUACAACAUUCAGACAUUUGCAUCAUGGUGUCUGGUCUGGCUACAGCAAAUGAAGCAUUAGCCAGGAAGGAACUUUUAAUGAAGACUCAGCUUGAUGAUUCUAAGAAUGAAACAAAAUCUUCUUGGAUGGGGAGUCCUCCAGAGUCUGUGCUGAAUGAACUUAAACAUAGCAAAAGAAGUGAAAGUGUGGUUUCAUGUGAUCAUGUUGAACAACCUGAAAAGAAGCAAAGUCUUCAGCACACUGAAGGCAAACAAGGAAUGUGGCUAGGCCGCUUGUUUGGUGCAAGUGUAAAUCAGACUAGAAAGGAAGAAGCUAAACUGGUCAAAUCACAGAAAAGCAGAUUACCUUCUGGCUGGCUGGGACUUGAUAAAUCAGUGUACGAUCUAAUGGUACAGACUAUGGGAUCAGGAAAAUGGAGAGGAUCUCAAUAUGUAACAGAACAAAUCAACUCACAGACUGGAGGUAGUCAGCCAGAAUCUCAAGAAACAAAAGCCCAAUAUGAGCGAGAAGUGAAGGCACUUUGCCAUCACAUAGCAACCGAGAAAGGACAACUCAGCUUUAAAAAAGGAGAUGUUCUGAGAGUGAUGUCAAAAGUCGAUGCAGACUGGCUGCUGUGUGGCCUUGGUGCUGAACGUGGAUUAGUACCCUUUACUUAUGUUACUCAUCCAGAAGAUGAAGAUUAUUAAUAUGAGUGCUUGAUGGACUGUGCAAUUUUAUUUGAGGUGGGUGGAGGAAGGAGAUGGAAAAGUAAUAAUUGUUAACUUCAGCAACUUCAGCAGAAGAAAGCACUAAAUUGCCAAAAUUUCUUUGCUUAUUACUUUGUUCUUCAUUGAGUACAUUUAGAACUUCAACUUAGUAGAAUAUAUUGCUCAUCCGCUAAUUCUCAUUGGUGAGUGGGGGGCAUGCGUACCACACAAACAUUUGUCCGGAUUUCACCUGUCUUUGGUAGUAAGCAACUCUAUAUUAACUGACUUCCAAUAAGUGGGACAGACUAGAACAUUAAGUUUAUAUAUAUAUUAUAUUUCAUAUAUAUAAUAUGUAUACCCUACAGUUUAUUAUUUAAUAAUGUAUAUCAAUUUUCUGUUCAAAUGGUGUAAAUUGCAUGAACUUGUGAGGCGCAAAUAACAGGCAGUAUUCCUGUUUGUGAAAGACAGUAUUGGUGCCUUGAUUGGAUCUUGCAGGGUGAAUUAACUGCCUCCCUCUGCACAGACAUUCUGCAAGAAUGUGUACUGUUUGAGUUAGUCUAGGAAUCAAUUAAAAUAUAAUAAUUUGUAGUAAUAUAUACCUCUAGCUUGUAUAUAUGCAGUUAAAGAGGGUACCUACACCAUAUUUAAUUUUUCCAGACAUUCUUUCAACAUGUAUGUAUUAUUUAUUUUGCACAUUAAUAAAAAGUACUGAAAUGAUGGCAUGUGA